AAAGGAGGGUUCUUGAAAAACCAUCAACGUAAAGACACAACCGUUGGAUAUCGAUCCAACCCUUCUUGAUUACAAAAGUUCGACGGUCAUCCUCACUUCUCUCUCACAAACUCAGGAGGAAGAGAGAGAGAGAGAGAAAACAGAAGACAGAAGAAGAGAAGGGGGAGGAGGGAGAAAAGGGAUUUGGGGAUCCAGUUUUAGAUUGGGGAAGAAGGAGGAAGGAGGGGGAAGAAAAGAACCUCCCUUUUUCCCCCCUUCAGAAAACAAAUUUCUAUAGGUGGUUUCGCUUCUUACGAAUCGAUCUAUCCAUCCAUCCGGGUAUCCAAAUAAUAUCCGCUUUUUCUUUUCAUUCAUCUUCUCUCCAAGAUCGAUCCGUUUCCUGAAGAUUAACAGUGAAACCCCGAUCAAUCAAUUUAGUUAGUCUUUUUUUAGUUUUCAUUCUUUAAUGGACAUCGAUAAUAUCGAAUGCAUUUCGUCCUCGGAUGGCAUGGAAGAUGAGGAGAUCCCUUCCCAUCAUCCUCACCCCCAUCAAUUUUCUUCCAAGCCCCGUAACGUCGCUGUCCCAACGGGAAAUUCUCCGGCCACCAGCGUCCAUGAAUUGCUCGAAUGUCCUGUCUGCACCAAUUCCAUGUACCCUCCAAUUCAUCAGUGUCACAAUGGUCAUACGCUUUGUUCAACAUGUAAGGCUAGAGUGCAUAACCGAUGCCCAACUUGUAGGCAAGAACUUGGCGAUAUCCGAUGCCUGGCUCUGGAAAAGGUAGCAGAAGCACUAGAAUUCCCCUGCAAAUACUAUUCAUUGGGUUGCCCGGAGAUAUUCCCAUACUACAGUAAACUCAAACAUGAGUCCAUUUGCAACUUCAGGCCAUAUAAUUGUCCAUAUGCCGGUUCUGAGUGUUCCGUAACUGGAGACAUACCCUUUCUAGUUACUCAUUUGAGAGAUGACCACAAAGUCGAUAUGCAUACGGGUUGCACUUUCAAUCAUCGGUAUGUCAAGUCCAAUCCUAGAGAAGUCGAGAAUGCCACAUGGAUGUUAACUGUCUUUCAUUGCUUUGGGCAAUAUUUUUGUCUGCACUUUGAAGCUUUCCAGCUUGGAGUGGCUCCUGUAUACAUGGCGUUUCUUAGGUUUAUGGGGGACGAGGCAGAUGCUCGUAACUAUAGCUACAGUCUGGAGGUUGGAGGGAAUGGAAGAAAGCUGACAUGGGAAGGAACGCCGAGGAGUGUGAGGGACAGCCAUAGGAAGGUGAGGGACAGUCAUGAUGGUUUGAUUAUACAGAGAAACAUGGCACUUUUCUUCUCCGGAGGAGAUAGGAAAGAGUUGAAGCUCAGAGUUACAGGACGGAUAUGGAAGGAACAGCAGAAUCCAGAGGCUGCAGUUUGCAUUCCCAACCUUUGCGUGUAGUCCUCCUUUGUUCUUCUUCUUUGAUAAACGUGUGUGUUCUUCUUCUUCUUCUUCUUCAUUAUCUUCUUAAUCUUGCUAUCUCUGAUUUGAUCUGAUCUGAUGUUGUACCAGUGUGAGAACUUCAUUGAUAUAUAUUGUGUUGGGCAUCACAUGAUUCUUAGACAAGCAAGAAUUUUACAUGAGAAUUUACAUCUUCUGUAAUGUAGCCAGCCAGCCAGCCAGCCAUGUAGACACAUGCAUACAUACAUGUAAUGUAUGCAAUUCUUCUUCUUUUUU